AUGGCAAAGCUUUUCAGAGCUGUUGCUGUCUUUGCUGCGGCUCUGUGCUUCUCCUCCUUCCUCAGCUCUGCCUCCGCCCAUGAUGAUUACAUAUAUGUUGAAGGCAAGGUCUACUGUGACGUUUGCCGUGUUGAGUUUGAGACCCCAAUCUCCGUUGGCCUGUCCGAUGAAGUCAUGAUCAUCGUAUAUAUGAACGAAUAUGAAUAUGAUGUAGGUGCCACGGUGAAUUUGGAAUGCAGAAACCAAGAGAAUGACACUUUGACGUACUCAUUGAAGGGCAAAACUGACAGCAAUGGAAUUUACAGCCUCCCUGUGAAAGGUGAUCACGAGGAAGACAUUUGUGAGGUUAAGUUGGUCAAGAGCCCCAGAGAGGACUGCAACGAGGUGUUCAAGUCUGCCCAUUCUGCUAAGGUCGUCGUCUCCAAGAAUAUGGGGGCGGUCGAGCCAGUUCGCUUUGCCAAUGCUCUUGGGUUCAUGCAGAAGGAAGUUAAUCCUAAUUGCGGAAAAAUUCUCCGAUCCAUGGGCUUCCUUCCAGCUUUGACCUCGACCACCACCUUCGUCAAGGCCACCUCAAAAUUCACCACCAUUACCUCCUCCAAACCCAUCACAACCACCUUCCAAUCCUCCACCACCACCACCACCAUUCGUCCCAUCUCCUCGAAGAUCACCUCCAUUGCCAGCAUCAACUCCACUUAA